GAAAAAAAAAAAAGACUGACGUCACACGUAUGCGCCGUUUAAGUCUACGUCAGCUCAAGGUUUCUUUUUUCUUCUAGCUGUGUCAAAGCUACGUGGCCACCACUACUCUUCUGUGUUCUGGGAAAGAACGGGACGAAAACAGCCCAAACAACAUGGAUCAGGUGAUGCAGUUUGUUGAGCCCAGCCGGCAGUUCGUCAAAGACUCCAUAAGGCUUGUGAAGAGGUGCACGAAACCUGACCGAAAAGAAUUUCAGAAGAUUGCCAUGGCAACAGCGAUUGGGUUUGCCAUCAUGGGCUUUAUUGGGUUCUUUGUAAAGCUCAUCCAUAUCCCCAUCAAUAACAUCAUUGUUGGUGGUUAAAUCUGGAUCAAAGGAAAUCUCGUCGAUAUCUGGACAGACCUCGUUAUUGGACUGGUGUGGUGCCGAACUAAAUGGACAACAUUUUUACAUUCUGUGCUCAACAUUUGUAUUUUGUUGUGUAAAUAAAACAAUUGAAAACACA